UCAUAAAAGCGCAGUGAAUACAACACUUGACAGAACUAUUUUGAAGUGGCUCGCUGUCGUGUCAAUAAAAACGUGCUUCAAAAACAUGGUGGCAGCUCAGUGAAGAGGGUGGACCGUUCGACUAGUCAUUAAAUUAUUAGAAGCUUAUUUAGCUGGAGUGUUUGAUACAAUUUAUAAACACCGUAUAAUAAGCUUCAUACAAAACCGAGGAUGACGUCUGAAGAAACCCAAAUAUCUGAAGAACUGAAGGGAUGUUACGAGAAUCUUAUUGUAAUCGACAUUGGCGCGAACUUGACGAACAAGAAAUACGGCCGUGAUCUCGAUUCUGUCGUGCAAAGGGCAAAAGAUGCAGGUGUCCAGAAGAUCAUGGUAACAGGCACCUCAGUGCGGAACAGUAAGGAAGCCUUAAGACUGACUCGUCUCUAUCCCAGCACAAUAUACUCUACGGCUGGUGUCCACCCCCAUGAUGCAAAGUCUAUGAUUGAGGAAGAUAUGUGGGGCGAUCUACAAGAGAUUGCAGCUGCGCCGGAAUGCGUGGCGGUCGGCGAGUGCGGGCUCAACUACAGCAAGGACUUCUCAGAGCCACAAGUGCAGCGCGAAGUGUUCAAACGACAGGUUGAAAUGGCAUGCGAGCUAAGGAAGCCACUAUUCGUUCACGAGAAAGAAGCUCAAGACGACUUAAUAAAGAUCCUCGAUGAAUUCGGAUCCCGUCUACCAGCAGUUGUGAUCCACUCCUUCACAGGAUCCGUGGAACAAGGACUUAAAUACAUAGAGAAAGGGUUUUACUUAGGUAUCACCGGGUAUAUAUGUAAGGAUAAGUCUGAUGGUGGAAUUAGAAGGUUGCUCUCGGAAAGACUGUUGCCUCUUGACAAACUGCUGGUGGAAACUGAUUCGCCGUUCAUGUACCCGAAUAUGAGGGCUUCGAAGCUACCGCUGCAUGUCAAGGAUUCUCUAACUGAGAGAUCGAUGAACUUCGUGAACCGAUACUGCACGUUUCAACGGAAUGAGCCUUGCGCCCUACCAGCUAUCGUCGAACUCAUUGCCGGCUUCUUAGGACAAAAGCCAGAAGAUGUCGCCUUAGCCACCGCAUUCAACGCCCUUAAGAUUUUCGGACUCAGCCAGUGAGUUAGGCAAUUAUACACCCUCUUACUUUAAAAAUAAAGGCUAACAGGGAAUUUGUAAUAUGGGGGAUUUUAUACGAUUUGUUAUAAAGAGAUGUAUAUUGUUGAUCUAUAGGUUUUGAUGAAAUAUGACUGAGUAAGAGGGUUGAUCAUGUCCAAUUUUAUAAGGAAUCGAAAUUCGUGCCUUAGUGCCUUGAUUAUAGAGUCGAUUAUACAGAAAUGUUUGAUUAUUUGGGAGUGAUGUAAUCACAAUAAAAUCCCAGUUGAGAUAGAUUAUACAAUUGUUAUAUUAAAGCGUAUUUGUUGGUUUCUUCGAACGCCAUCCGAUUUGUUCGAGAUUUUUUCAAUUAAAUUAUUGAAUAACAAUCUAACCUCGAAAAUUGAAAAUACUCAUUUUCAUUGUAUUGCAUUUCGAUAAUGACAAGAAACGAUAAUUUUUUGUGUACAUUUUGUGGCACAAUGAGGCUAUAGAACGGUUUUUGCGACAUAUUUAUAGACAAUUUGUCGCUUAAAUCGCCUUAAUUUGAUACUAAAACAUUCGAGUAUAAUAUCUUGCCAUUGAUAUAAAAACUAACAUUGAUUGCCUCUCUAAAUGGUAAGCCUGAUGAUGAGUUUUGGAAGAAUUUCUACACAUUUGAAUACACAGAGUCAAUAUAAUUAAUUUAUGCAACGAACUGAAAAGCAGCUAUUUAAAAUUGUUGUGAUUUAAAUUAAUUUAUAGCGUAAUAACUUGCAGAUACAGCGUUUAUAUUUAUUAAUAAUUUAAUUUGUCUGUACAGUUAUUUAUGCUAGGUCAGUAUUCUUAGCAAGAAACUAUAAGACUUUUAUUUAAACCCUAUAUGGACUACGUGUGUUUAAAUGUAUAGAAAUAGAAAAUUAUAAUGAGAGAUAUUGCUACGCAAGUUACAAACGCGUACCUGAAGAGCCAAGUCUUAAAUUAUUGCCAUUUCAUGAUAGUACUUGGUAUUUUUGCAUAAUAAACGACGACCCUAAAAUAAGAUUUUUUGACUAAUAAAUUGUGGCUUACGUCUGCACACGCCUUAACUGGUGGCAACCGGGUUUUAGUCAGACUGAUCUCAAAUGCCGUGUUUGAAGUAAUUAUUCAUUUGUCCAUAUUUUUUUUAAAGAUUUCGUCAGUAAAACGAAUCGUUUUCGACGAAUACCAUAGUGUUGCAGUUCACUCGGUAAUUCUUAGUUUUAUUUAUAACGUAAGGGAAUGUAAACCAUUUUUUUUAAUACUAACAUUUUGUACGUAAUUUAGGUUUAGGCGAUGUUAGACUAGCUAUAUAAUUAUAGUGUUGUCGCCAAAUAGAACGUUUAUUAAUGUUUUUGUUUGUGUUUUAAUAAUGUUCUUGAUAAGUCCGAUAUAGAGAGAGGGACACAGAGAAGUAAUUGCAAAGAAAUCCAAAAAUAUUAUUUUUUUACUUGCCAUUUGAAUGGUUGAUUUCUAUGCAGUUAUUUGUCGGUGUGUCGCUGGAUAAUCUAUGUCCUCUUGCCUGUGUGACCGCGGAAGUGAACUGCGACCUUAGAACUCACGUACCGAUGGCCUGUUGCCACCUUUAUCGAAUGCACGGUGUUAGGUAUUUUCUUAUAAUUCUCGCUCUGCGCAGAGCAUUCCUAAUCGAAUUACAAUAUUUAUAUUUUCAUCGAAUAUUUGUAAAUAGUUUGAAGAUGUGUAAUAAUUAUUUAAUGUUAAUUUAAUGCUGGUAGUCACAACGAAAUCAAAGACUGCAAGUAUUAAAGAGAAAAUGUGAAACUUGACAUGUUAAUUACGUUUAUGUUUUUGUAUCGAUAUUUUUUACGUAUUUAAUCGUUUAUCGUGUAAGAAGUAUUGUUAUUCCUUUAUUUUUUGACACUUUGUUGUAGUUGUGUAAGUGUGGGCUGGUGAGCCUGUAAGUACGUUUGUAUUGCGCAUGCGCACCGCUGGCCCGGCUCGUGUAGUGCCUUCGAUGAAACGUCCUUUUGUGAUACAAUAUUUUCAUAGAUUGUACAGAUUAUUUCUUUCAAUAUACAAUUAAAGAAAUUAUCAA